UCAGGGUUUCAGCAGGCGAGGGUGUACACAAUGUACACGGACAUUGAAUCUGAGCGGACGGUCUUUAAAAGAGGCUUAAAGAAAUACAUCAUAGAUGUUAAGGGGAAGCUUCAACAACGUUAAUUUUCAACACAAUUAUGUCAGCUUUUCCCGGUUUCAUUUAAGUUGAUAGGGCCGGAUUCCAGGACUAAAACAACCCACCCAGUCCUGUCCACCAGUAUGGACGCUGCUCCAGGAUAAAGUGAAUCAUGUGUUUUGCCGUGUACCUGUCACUGCUGGUGUUCUCGUAUCACCAGCAGGUCACCUCGGGCUCCCAUGUCCUCAGGAACCAGCCUGCUGUCGGAUUAUCUAAAAACACCUCACUACCCAUGAUGUUUCAAAACAACAACGAUGAGUGUGACCUUGUGAUGAACCUCAGUGCUGCAGACCGCUGUGCGUUUGUGAAGAACACACCAGACUGUAACAUGGAAGAUGGCUUCAUCAACUACCUUCAAGUGGCCUUCUGUCUGCUUCCUCCUAACCUCACACCUCUCACCAUCACUCUCUGUGUUAUAUGGCUGAUCCUUUUGUUUAUCAUUCUUGGACUUGCAGCAUCUAAGUUUUUCUGUCCCAACCUGUCAGCCAUCUCUACUAGUCUGCACCUCACUCACAACGUGGCCGGUGUGACGUUUCUGGCUCUUGGUAAUGGAGCUCCCGAUGUCUUCAGUGCCAUGGCAGCUUUCUCUCACCCACACACCGCUGGGCUGGCUGUUGGAGCCUUAUUUGGAGCUGGUAUAUUUGUCACCACAGUAGUUGCUGGCAGCGUGGCCCUGGUCAAGCCUUUCGCUGUGGCCUCCCGUCCAUUUCUGCGUGAUGUCAUCUUUUACAUGGCGGCAGUGUUUUGGACUUUCCUUAUGUUGUACAGAGGAACCACGACACUGGGAGAAACACUGGGGUACUUGGGCCUCUAUGUGGUGUAUGUGUUGACUGUUAUCAUCAGCGCAUACAUCUACAACCGGCAGAAACAUUCGAUGAACGUUGCUCCUAUUCCAGCAGAGUUUAACUCAUCUGACUCGUCUGAUGAUGAAGUUCCCUGCCUGACUGGAGGAACCAUCCAACAGGAGUAUGAGUCGGAGUACAGGCCGCUUCUUCCUUACUCCGAGUCCACGAUUAAGAUCCUGCUGAGCUCCCUGAACCCAGUGGACAACAGGAAGUGGAGGAGGAAAUCAUGGAGCUGGAGAGUCCUCAAAGUACUAAAGACACCUCUAGAGGUCCUACUGCUGCUCUGCAUCCCUGUGGUCGACCCUGAUAAAGAAGACAGGAACUGGAGGCGCCCACUGAACUGCCUUCAUCUGAUCACAGCUCCUCUGGUGUGUGCGCUUACUUUCCAGUCUGGGAUAUAUGGAGAUUAUAUGAUCCAAGGACAGUUUCCACUCUGGCUGCUGAUUUUUCUGCUGGGACUUUUCGUGUCUGCUAUUGUCUUCUGCACCACCACUAAUGAGUGUCCUCCCAAAUAUCACCCACUGUUUGCUCUGUUGGGCUUUGUUGUGAGUGCUGUGUUGAUCAGUGCAGCGGCCUCUGAAGUGGUCAGUCUUCUGCACAUGCUUGGCGUGGUGCUGAGUCUCAGCAACACUGUGCUGGGGCUGACUCUGUUGGCCUGGGGCAACAGCAUAGGAGACUGUUUCUCUGACAUCACCAUCGCCCGGCAGGGUUACCCACGGAUGGCCAUAUCUGCCUGUUUUGGAGGCAUCAUUUUCAACAUGCUGUUUGGAGUGGGUUUAGGAUGUCUGGUACAGAUGGUUCAAACACAUUCUUAUGUGCAGUUUGAAGCAGAGGGUUUAUUGACGUGGAUUCUUGCAGCAUCUCUGGGUUUGUCUUUGGUCCUGUCCUUCGUCAUUGUUCCCCUGUGCCGGUUCCACUUGGGUCGGGCAUACGGGAUUUUUCUCAUCGUCUUCUAUGCCAUCUUUCUUCUCAUUGCACUACUCACGGAGUUUGGGAAGAUCCACAUUGUGUAGAUCUGACUCUCAGGCCAGUUUGAAAUGAGGGAUGUCCUCCCGUAAUGCAACAUGACCCACUGGAACAGAAUUACACCCUCUUCUACACAUAUUAAUGCACUAUUUAGAAUGGACAGUACAUUUUGUGCCCUUGCGUUCUACCCAGAGCCACCUGAAACCAAGCAGGCAAAUGAAUGACAAACUGACAAAAUGUUCUGCUCAGGGAGAACUGUAACUUAUCACACUGUGCCUUUAUUCAACUUGUUGUUUGUGCUAACUGGAGCUGUGAUGGCACUUUGUGAGUCCAGAGGGAGAACACAGGUUGUAGAAAUUUGUACUUUAAAACAUUGUGAAUGAAUUAAAUGUACUGUAAAUCAAAAUUGUUAAAAUGACUUUGUACAAAGCUG